GGUUUUUAUAUAAUAAUCGAAGUACAAAUGGCAGACCAAAAACAGAAAGAUGAAGAACAUGUUGAGGAAGAGGAGGAUGAAUAUUGCACUGAUAGUGUGGACAUUUCAGCCGAAAUCGAAGGACGAAGGUCUUCGGUAGAUGAGCACAUAGUCAGAUUAACCAGCGACAUCCUGCAAGAGAAAACUUACUCAUUGGACAUGACACCUUACAAUGAAAAGAUAAAUUUUCAAGACAGGAUUGAUAUCAACAUUUCACAGAUGAGAGAAAUAUCUCAAUUCUUAAAUGUAAAAUGUGGAAUGAUUGAUAAAAUGAAUAUCCUGAUGUGCAUUUUGACUUUCAAAAUUUUCGAUAUUCAACAUAAUUUCAAUGUUAAACUUGAUUCUUUGAAAUCUCAAAGAGAAAACAUAAUGUUGAGUAAAGCUGAUGAAAGCAUGAUACCAGUAGAGCUUCUCGAAUUGGACAGAGUAAUGAGGGAAAUGCAGUAUCGUCAUCAUGAAAAAUCUAUAAGCUAUAAGCAACAAAAAAUUGAUAUGCAAUUAGAAUAUGAGAGAGUAAUAGGUAUAUUAGACGAACAACUGGAAUACAUGAAAAAAAAUCUCAAAAGGCUAAAAGAAGAACAUGAAAGAUUCCUUGCGGAUACCCAAAGAGCCGAACCACUUCUAAUCGACUACAUAAUACAAGCUGCUGUAGAAGAAUUUACUGUGGUUAUCGAACAGUUUGAAUUCAAGCAGAAAAAAGGAUGGAAAUCUUUGUAUGGCGAUGAGGAGAUAUUAGAUACUCUACAAUCCAGAGGACUUGCGGUUUCAAAAUCUGGAUAUAUUCUCACAGAAGCUGGGGAAAAAUUGAGUUACAGUGAAGCUGAAAAAAGAAACUUGCUAGAGGGUCUAGAUUUUCGAGAUAGAACCCUCAGUAAAGAUGAAACAAACGAAGACAUUGUUCCUACUCCAUCUUCUGUUCAGACAAUUGAAGAAUCAGAAAAAGAGAGUCUCGCUAGUCAAAUAUCUACAGAAGAUGUGUCAUACCUUAAAGAAACGCUAGGAAAACCAUUGACUCUAGCAAUAGCGGAGAUAACCGCAAAGCAGCCAAGAGAUCCCAUACAUUACCUAGGACACUGGUUAUUCAAAUACCGUUACAAUCAAGAGUUGGACAUCACACAAAAACAGGAGUUUGAGGCUCUAAUGGUGGAAAGGAACAGAUUACUGAAGGAAAAAUUGCAACGGCUGUAUGAAGAAGAAGCGAAGUUGGUAAUUUUCGAAAUGAUCAACAACGCAGAAAAUGAAGCGAUUAGAAAAGAACUCGAAAGAAUUCUGAGGGAGCAGGUAAUGGGAGGUGAAGAUGAGGAAAACGAACAGGCAAAUAAAGAAUAUGAAGAACUGAAGAAUCUACUGAAAUCGAUGCAAAAAAAUUAAUAUAAAAUGUAAUUUAAAUUAUCUGUAAUUGUACUGGUCAGUUUAUUAGAGUGUUAAAUAUAAUUAUAUACAAAUGAA